GAAACCCCUCCUGCUGCGGCGUUGCCCUGUGGUGGCAAGAAAAGAAUCAUAUGCAGCUGAAUUCAUUCAGAGUUCUCCGCCUUCCCUUCACGACAUCCUCAUCCUCCCUCUACCGAGAGGUCUAUGUGAAGCAGCACGACGACCGAUCCGGCACUUCAGCCUCUCUCCCGGCAGACAGGACCCUUUUCGUCGCUUUAUUGGAUCCAUUCGUAACCGAGGCGGCACUGGAAAGGUGCUUCAGCGCUUUCGGCGACGUGGAGUCUGUGCGCGUCAAGCUGACGGACAAGGGCAGCAAGGGCACUCUCGGCAAGGAAGAGGACGGCAGAUCGGUGGCCCUCCUGGCACACAUCGUCUUCGAGGAGCCUCAGGGCGUCCAGGCAGUGCUGGCCAACGCGACCCAUUGCUCAUCUGACGACCGCGAAGGAGGUGGACAAGUGCCUCAUGAUCAUGAGAUGGUCGUCCUGGGUCUCCCAGAGAGCUCAGUGGCCGGCUGGAUCGUGUCUGCUUUCGCCGCGUAUCGUGACCCGAGAUCCCUGCAAAAGGAGGUGGACACCUACAUGGAUGAGUACGACAUACAGAAGGAGGCCGAGCGGCUGAUGCAGAAUGGGGACGAGACUAUCACAGACGAGGAGGGCUUCACGCUCGUCAGGGGCAGGAGCGUCAAGGCGCCAGACGGCACUGUCAUCCACAAGGCCAAAUCGAGCGCACCACAGCCGGCCGUCGGCAGGGGCGGCAGCUUAUUUCAGCGGGCGCUGGGUCCCACAGCGUCGGCGACGAGCGGUGAGGGCUCGCGCAAGAGUGCAGUCAAGAAGCGGAAGAAGCGGGAACGGCGGGAAGAGGCGAUGGACUUCUAUCGCUUCCAGAUGAGGGAAAAGCGAAGGACCGAGCUGGCCGAUGCGCGGCGGCAGAAGGAGGCAGAUGUGAGCAAGAUAGAGGGCAUGAGAAAGGCCAAGAGAUUCAAGAUCACAGAAUGAGUGGAUGGAUGGGCGCAUUCAUGCGAGACUCACUCAUUCAGUAGGUCAGUCAGUCGCCAGCGUCUAGGUCCAUUCCAUGUGACUCUUUUGCUCGAACAAUUGCAUAGCUUGUGUCGAUGAAAUCAGUCAGAUGUCC